AUGGCAUAUGCUGAGUGCUGGGUCUUUUUUCCCCCAUCAAGUGCGGGGGAGUCGAGUGCGGGAGUGGGGGGGAGUCAAGAGCGGGAGAAUCAAAUUCCCCCCCCCAUUUCCCCUCCCCAUCCCCUUCCUCUAUCCCUCCCACCCCCCCUCCCCGCUCCCGGUCCCCUCCCAUCGCCCUCCCCUCUCCCAUCAACUCCCCCUCUCCCCCCUCUCACCGCCCGUUCAACCCCGUUCCCCUUCUCCCCCUCAUCAGCGACGGGCGGUCGCGGCAGUUUCGCUUUCGACGGGCGGUCGAGGCAGUUUGGCUUUGUGGGGCUGCGAGCAGAGGAGGAGGAAGAAGGCUUCUUCGCCCUGCUUCUGCUUACUACCAUCUCAUCCCCUUGCUUUCCCGCUCCCACCAGCGACGAGCAGUCGAGGCAGUUUGGCUUUGUGGGGCUUCGAUCAGAGGAGGAGGAAGAAGGCUUCUUCGCCCUGCUUCUGCUUGCUGCCAUCUCAUCCCCUUGCUUUCCCGCUCCCACCAGCGACGGGCGGUCGAGGCAGUUUGGCUUUGUGGGGCUUCGAUCAGAGGAGGAGGCAGCAGCGGCGAUAGCCUAUUUCAAUCGCUCCUUCAUGGACACCUUUCGACUCACCUGCGAGUUCGCCAUGCCCAUUGGUCACACGGCGCUGCCCCGCGCAUGGAGCAAGCACACGCAGGCGAAAGAUACCAAGGGCGAGGGGAAGUCGGGGGAAAAGGGAGUCACAGCAGGGGGGGAAGGGGGCAAACAGGGCGGGAAGAAGGCAGGGGACGGAGGGGACGGGGGGGAGGGUGGGGCAGGAGCAGAGGGGGUGGGAGGGGAGAAAGGGAUGAAGAAGAAGGCAGGGAGGGUGGUGGGAGGGGUGGCUGUGAAGCAAGCAGCGCAGGAGGAUGAAGGGUUUAGGGAAUUUCUAGAGGUGAUGGAGCGAGGCGGGAAGAAGAAGGUUUGGGCUAAUGAUACUGUGGAUGGGGAUGGGGGGGGAGGAGGGGGAUUGGGGAAAGGGAGGGGUGGUGGGAGUGUGAGUGGAGGUGUGGUGGAGGUGGGAAGGGGAGGGAGGAAGAGUGGGGAGGAGGGGGGAGGGGAAGAGAGUGAUGAUGAGUUGUAUGGGGAUGUGAUUGUAGAGGGGGAUGGGAGUGAGGAGGAGGGGGAAGAGAAGGGGGACGGAGAUGGGGAGGAGGGGGAGGAGGAGGGGAGUGAGGGGGAGGAGGGAGAGGAGGGGGAGGAAGGGGAGGAAAGGGAGGAAAGGGAGGAGGAGGAGGGUUUGAGUAAUCUGGAUUAUCUCAAGAAAAGGGCUGCUUCGAAUUGGAGUGAUGAUGAUGAUGAUGAGGAGGAGGAGGAGGAGGGAGAGAAGGAGAAAGUGGGAGGGAGGGUGGGGAACGAGGAAGGGAGUGAGGGAGAGGAGGACGGAGACGUGGAAGAGGGGGGAGAGGGAGAAGAAGAAGAGGGGGAGGAGGAGGAGGAGGAAGGGGAGGAGAGUGAAGAUGAAGAGGAAGAAGGUGAACAAAGGGAGGAACAGGAGGAAGACGAAGAGGAAGGGGAUGGUGUGGUGGAUGGGGCAGCAGCGGAGGCGGGAGGGGGGCCAGUGGUGGAUGGAGGAGCAGCAGAGGAUGUGAGGGAGACGGGCCGGCUCUUCAUCCGCAACCUCUGCUACUCCGCCUCGUACGACCCUUCUCCCUCUCUCUCCCCUCCCCUCCGCUUUCUUUAG